ACACCUCUAGCGACUGUACUUGAAUGGAGGGGGGUUGUUUUGCCGGCGGCAAUAUGUGAAAAGUUUGGGCACGAACCAAAGUACCAACACAGUCCAACACAGUCUGAGCUGCCUCUAUGGAACAGUCACUCACUCGGGAGUCACUCUCCCGUCCUGAUGCCCCGUUUCAAUUUUUGAACUCCCGAUCUGGCAAUCCCCACCCACGCUCCCGAGCAACUUUCUACUCACUCCGGCGUCGCUUCGAAUCCCAGCGCGGCGGCGUGACGCGUGAAUGCGUGAUCGACGCGCGGCGCUGCUCCUCCGGGAAACCGCAUGGACGCCGCCGACCCUCUCUGCGCCAUCACCUCGCCUGCGCGGCUCCUUCCGCGGACCCUUGGCCCCACCCCCUCGAAGGUCCGCGGUGCGCUCCUCGAGGCCAUCGCACUCGCCCGGUCGCGGAAAGGGUCUGAGGAGCUGGUUAAGCAGGCUGCAAUGGUGCUGAAGGAGCACGGGGACAUCCAGACUCUCUACCAUGAUGAUGCAAUGAAAGCCAUGCCCCCCACAAAUGUCAGCAAAGGGCAACAGGGAAGAAGGGCAGCACUGGAUCGCAAACGGGCUCGGUUCACUAUGAAGGACACUGGAAGCAAAGCGGUGCCUGUUGUGGAUCGAUCUAAGUUAUUGAAUAUUUCGGAUCCAGUCGCAUUCUUCAUGGCCUUGGAUCGGCUUGAAGAAGCUGAGGAUGAGAUCAAACGGCUAAAUGGAGAGGCAGAAAAGCGCAUAUUGAUUUUUGAUCCUUUAGACGAACCCAUUAGACAGCCUGGUUUGCGUGGGAGAAAAUCAUUCCGCAGUUUCAAAGUAACUGAGGAUGCUACUACUCAAGAUCCCAUUGAGGUACUGGCUUCCCAAACAGCAACUAUGACAGGAUCUCAGUUCUCACAGGAUGUUAUGCAUGCUGUUGCUGACAAAAAUGAACAGUCUGUUCCUUCACGAUCUGGUGAAGCUAUUUCAGAUGUUUCAGGAAAAGAAGAUUCAUUAGCUGAGAAGGAUGGCCGUGAUGAUUUGGCUUAUUUACUGACCUCGAUCCAAGAUUUGGAUGAAUCUGAAGAGGAAGCAUUUAUCCGGAAGACCUUAGGGCUUAAAGAAAUAAGGAAGGGAAGAGUUAGUCUCUGUAACUCCAUUCCUGGAGUCAGGUCCUUAAGAAGCGAUACUGAACAAAAAGGUUCAAUGAAGGUUCGCCCUCCAGAAAGUCAUUUGCCUCAGACUCGCCAAGAUCGAAUUUCAGAGUUGGAGAAACAUUUAUUUCCUGGAGGUGCAGCAAAUGCUAAAUGCACAGAUGAUGAAUCUGAAGGGUCACCAGAUAUUGUGAUGGGUGAACCAUCAUUAGUGCAUGAUUCUUCCGAGGUUCUGAUGACCAAUGAGAACUCUACUGGAAGUGAAAUUGACAGGAGGACCCCAAAUCUGUGUGCCAGAGCAGCAGACCACGCUCUUGAUCCUGAACCAAACUUGCCUGAUCAUGCAUACGAAAGGCAAACCAGAGGCUCCUCACUUGGUUUGUGCAAAAACACAGAAGUUGCCAAUGAACACGAGGAAGAUGAUGUACACAUAGAAUAUCCAACUACUGGCGGGUCUACUUAUCAAACAGAAGUUUCUUCUCAUGAUUUGGAGGGCAGCUUGACAGAAGAAUUGGUCAGUGAACCAGGUAGGCAUGCGGCUCCAGAUGAUAUCUAUAGGACUUCACAUGCAGCUGAGGAUAGCAUUCAACAUCUAGAAGUGGUCAAACAGGGUGGUGUUCUACAAGACAAGUCAAGCCAGUCGUUGGAGAUGCCUCUGGAAGAUAUUGAUCCACUAUAUCGGCCUCAGAUGCAUGGUGGAAGCACUAAGAAAUCGACACCUGUUCUGUGCAAUGCACUGUCCCCGAUCGAACAGAAGCAACAAGCAGCUCAAGAAGGGAAAAGGAAGCAACAGGCAAAGAGGGUAAAAAAAGUGUCUGAUGAAUCUAGCCAUGCACUGGAAAUAUCCCAAGCAAAUUUCGAACCGGAGAAUGAACCUCAUAAUGUUGACGUGAACAUGGAGCAACCGACAGUUAUGAGUAGCGCCAAGGGGCAAAAGGGAGCUCAAAGGAGAAACAAGACCAAAAAAUUGAAUCAAAGAAAAAUCCUUGGAGAUGUUGACCUUGCGCGGCAGUCUGGAGUGAGAAGAAGCUCAAGAAUACGCUCGAGGCCUUUGGAGUAUUGGCUUGGUGAAAGAUUACUAUAUGGGCCGAUACAGGACACUUUGCCUGCAGUUAUUGGCAUCAAAGCAUACUCUCCUGGCCAGGAUGGCAAGAAAACAUUGAAAGUGAAAUCUUUCGUGUCUGAACAGUAUUCAGAUCUUGUCGCUCAAUUUGCGAAGUACUAAACAAGACACCAUUUUUCUAAGAGGAUCACGCCUUGUGACUUGUUGCUUUGUCACCUGACUUUAUGAUGUUACAUGUGUUGGUGGAACCAUAGUACUGCACAAUGAAAAGGCACACGUCCUACCGAAUGGUUGCCAGUAUCUAUCUUGUUUGGAUGCCAUUUCGGCUAUUCGAUCGGUGGAGUGUAGCGUAUGUGCAGCGGUAUCACAUUAGGGAUCGAUUCGGAUAGGCAUGGAAUCCAAUAGACAUAACAUUAUUUAUCAUAUUUUAAUUCGAAUUUA